AUGAAUGAUAAAGAGCCACUAUUAACGACAUAUAACAAAUUACCUAUUGACAAUGAUAGCGACAAUGAAAAUAAAAGUGCUUCUGAUUGGCGUCAAUAUUUCAGUCGACAAAAGACUGAUGCUAAGAAUAAAAGCAUAGAUGAUGAGAUCGAACAGACUACUAAAAAUACUCACGUCAGUCUUCUUCAAUUGUUUCGAUUUGCUGAUUGUAUUGAUCUUGUUCUUAUGAUUACUGCUCUGUGUUUCAUGUUGGGAGAUGUAGUUAGUAGUCUCGCAACUAUAAUUCUUUUUGGUCGAAUCACGGGAUUAUUUGCCACUACACAAUUUGCUGUUGAUUGUGAUAAUCAAUAUCAAAAUUCAGUUUCUACAAUUAUCAAUAAUACUGUAUGUCCUUUUGGUAUUGAUCUUAAUCCAUUAAAUUAUGAUCGAUUACAUAAACUAUGCCAUUAUGAUAAUAAAACUAUUUUAACCACAUUAGCUCCGUUAACACCUUUAUUUCAUGAAAAUGUUAUGCAUCUAGUUUAUUUGUUUUUCGGUUUCAGUAUUCUUACAUUUAUAUGUACUGUUCUCGAAUAUUUCUGUUGCACAAUAGCUGCGAAACGACAAACAUCUCGCAUGAGUGUUUUACUCUUCCGAUCACUUAUUCAACGUGUAAGUGAAUAUAUUUUUUAG